AUGGAUAAAUAUCAAAUAAUUAAAAAAAUUGGAGAAGGAUCUUUUGGCAAAAUAUUCUUGGCAAAAGGGAAAGUGGAUAAUGAACAGUGUGUUAUCAAAGAGAUUAAUUUAACUAAGAUGCCUGUGAAAGAAAAAGAAGCCUCUCAGAAAGAAGUCAUUCUUCUCGCCAAGAUGAAGCAUGCAAAUAUUGUAACCUUCUAUGCUUCUUUGCAAGAAAAGGACAAGCUAUAUAUUGUAAUGGAAUACUGUGAUGGUGGAGAUUUAAUGAAGCGGAUAAAUAUGCAGCAUGGAGUUCUGUUUGACGAGGACCAGAUUCUGACUUGGUUUGUGCAGAUCUCCUUGGGCUUGAAGCAUAUUCACGACAAGAAGAUUUUACACAGAGAUGUAAAAGCACAGAACAUUUUUCUUAGCAAUAAUGGAAAGGUAGCAAAGCUUGGAGACUUUGGCAUAGCAAGACAGUUGAACAGCACUAUGGAGUUUGCCCAUACUUGUGUAGGGACCCCGUAUUAUCUGUCACCUGAGAUCUGUGAAAAUCGACCAUAUAACAAUAAAACAGAUAUUUGGUCUCUUGGCUGUGUGCUUUAUGAGCUAUGUGCGCUAAAGCAUCCUUUUGAAGGCAAUAGUUUGCACCAGCUGGUGCUGAAGAUCUGCAGAGGACAUUUUCACCCAGUGUCUCCCAACUAUUCAUAUGACCUGAGGAUAUUGAUUUCUCAGUUGUUUAAAAUAUCUCCAAAAGACAGACCGUCUAUCAACUCUAUUCUAAGGAAGCCCUUUUUGCAGAAGCUUGUUCUCACAUAUUUGCCCUCUGAGGUAAAACUCAGUCACACUGUGAUACAUGGAAAAAGUCCUUCAGCAUCACAGCCUGGAGCCAAGCUGAUACCAGCAGAUGAACUUCAAAAAAGGAGAGUCCAGGACCAAGUUUCUUCAGAAUCUGGAAUGGUGGUGCCUGUCAAGAAACAGGAAUUAUUUCAACGAAAUGAUUGGAAACCUCCUUCAAGAGGCCAACGGCCUAUUUUUCAGCCACAGAGCUCUGGAUUUAAGAUGGCAGAAAAGCCAGAAAGUAUUAGAGUACAUGGCCAUUAUGGUCAUUACUAUGAUAAGCUUGACAACUUGCAGAGGAAAGCUAAUGCACAUUAUGACCUUUCUCCUAUAAGCCAAAGAGUUGAGGAAUACUAUAAACUAAAAGGACAAGUUGCACCUCCACCCCCACCACCUGACUGGCCUUCAGAAUAUCUUCAAAGGCGUUUUGAAGCCCAACAGUACAAGAUUAAAGUGGAAAAACAGCUGGGACUGCGACCAUCCUCUGCUGACCCAUAUCAUGACCAAAUACAGCAUCAGAAAAUAAAGGAAGAGCAUCUCAGAAACAAUCAGCAGGACAUGUAUAGGAAGAAUGAAAUGAAAGAACAGGAAUACCUGAAACAAUUGCAGAAAAUUCGGGAAGAGUACCACAGCGAUAUGAGAGCAUUCAAAUUUAGAGCAGGAGUACUCCAGGACAUGGAAGAAAACCUUAAACAAGUCAGACUCCAGGAUAGGCAAGACCAAAAAAACUUAGAAAAGAAACAUAACAGAAAGGGAGGAGUAAAGUUUGAAAUUAAUUUAGAUGUAUGUGUUCCUGAGGAAGAGAGCAUUCAAGAAGCAGAGGUACUAGAUAAAGUCAGUGAGACUUUAACUUUCGUGGAUGAUGAGAAUCUUAAGGAGGAAUUGGUGGAAGUUUAUGAAGAUCAUAUGGACAGAGCUUUGGAAGAAUUUUCUGGAUACCAAACAGAGUCCAAUGAUAUUGGUGAUACCAAAGAAAACAGAAAACAUUGGCAAGCUGGAGCCCCUCAAACACUACUGAAUUUUUUAGCAAAUGCUGAUGUUACUUCAGUAUGUCCUACUUUGGCCGAGAAUGAACUUGCUGACAGUGAUGUUCUGCCUGAAAACAUCCCAGAAAACAGGAAGCAGUGGAAACAAACGCCACCAAGGACACUCCUGAACAUCUUAGCAAAAGCAGAGCUGUCUAAUGACUCCCUCAUCCAGCUUGAAGAGGAAAUAGAAGGGAGAUUAACUAUGUUGCUUCCAAAAGAAAACAAGGAAGAUAAUUCAGAAACAUACUCCACUGUUGCUGUUGCUGAAGGCAGACUUGAGCCAAGAUCAGAUGAUGAAGACACAAAUUUUGAAGACUCUGAAGAUGAACUGAGACAUGAGCUGGAGGAGUCUCUGGGAACAGUGGCAACUGUGGAGUCUCCCAUCCUUUCAAUAAAUAAAGGUCAAACAGAUGAAGAAAAGAUGAGUCUACCCCACAGACUACUUGGAAAAUCUGAUGAUGAUUUAGAAAAUAACUGUGGGUUAUUUGGUGUUGACACACAUACUGUAAAAGGCAAGCAGGAAGUACGGGCCACCUAGAACACUAGCACGGUUACUGUUUCAAACCUUUAACUUGCUUGAAAUUUCAGCCACAUGGGUAACAAAAUUUAGGGAUAGCUGACAUUAAAUGCCCAGUAAAUCAACUGCUUUUCAACAGUGCUAAACACUCAGUUAAAAUAAAUCAAAAAGUUUGUUGCUCUUUUGUUUAAAAGGAAGAAAAAAAUCAGGCUACUUUUCAGAUGUCUAAACAUUGAAAAAUCCUGAUCCACACUAAAACACACUUUCAUCUUUAUUAUUCUUAACUACCCAGGACAUCUCUGACAACACUUGCUUGAGAAAAUUUCUGAUUGCACGCUCUAAUUCACUGUGCCUGUAUCAUGUAAGGAAGUCUCCUGGUCAGUGCAGUGUAUUUCCCUAGCUCCACCAACUCCUGGUUUUAAGACUCUUCCAGCUUUUCACAAUCAAUCUCUGUGUACUGCCAAUACAGCUUUGGAAUCCAUAGUUUCAUUUACACAGUACUGACCUUACAUAGUAUCACCAGCUGCUCAGCAGUUUUAUAUAGUAGCAGUAAAAAGGUUUAUUAGCACCAUGAGAAUUGUGCUUGGGGAAUCCAAGUCCUAAGGAAAUAUGGAAUAGUGGGUUCUUCUGACCAUGUAUUUUCAUAUGGAAAAUGUCAUAUAAUCCAGGUGAAGUUUAAAUAGAGAGAAAAACACAUUCUAAAGGCUGGUUUCAGUAGUUUUUUGCACUUCUCAUUUGCUAAAAUAUAAAAUAUUGCUUUGAUAACUCAAAAAAGGACUAUAUGUUUUUUCAUUUUUGAUACAAAUGCAGAUGUCCAAUAUUUGAACAUUUUGUUCAUUGUAUUCUCAGUUUUAGAUUAAGCAGUUGUUUAGGGCUUUAAUGUUCAUGUUUGCAUAGCAUUUAAUUAUGCCCUCUAAUCUAGACCCUGCUAUUCACUAGGAACAGAAAACCUUUCAAUAAAAUAGUUGGAAAAAUACCAUUAAGCUGUCAUACUCUGAAAGGGCAUGAGGAAAUAGCAAAAAUAGGUAUAAUAAUUGCAUGUGUCUAUGAUCCUUAUUAAAAAAGCAAGCUAGCAAACCCACCAUGUGAUUAACCCAAAGGAAUCACUGUAAGUAAUGAAAUCUCCAGAACCACAAUUAGAACCCCACAUAAUAGAAUUUUGCCACACAUGGGGGACAGCAAAUUGAAAAUGUGCUACAGAUCCUAGAAAAAAAAUCUUCAGGGUACAAAAGCUAUCGAACAGAAGUGUUGACUUUAAAACAUGUGACUGUUGGGGUAAAGAGUCA